UGGAACUUCUGGAAGUGAGAAAGUCUGCCGUCGACUGUUUCACCAACAUCAAACCAGGCCACUGCGACACGCUAGGAGGUCAAAGGACAACACGAGACACUUCUCUUUCUGCCUACUGCCUACCUGUGACCUGACCUACCUGACUACCUCCUACCCACAAUCCCGUAUUCUCCUCCUCGACUACUCCCUUCCCCGACUGCCACCGUCUCUUCUUUCGCAUCGUCGGAUAUUGCGCCCGCCGCCCCUCCGCGCGUAGCCUGACCAGUGGACCACCCGUACCCAGCAUCUGCUCGACUCACUCUCUCCGUCUCUCUCUCUCUCUGUCGACGGCAACAGCCCGGCGCUGUUUCUCGACACACCCACCCACACUCACUCCCUCCUCCAACUCCCACCUCACUCCUCACCUCACCGCGCCGCACCGCUCCACCGACACGCUCGCAGCACCCACUCUCGCUCCCUCGCUCGCUUCCUCUCUUGGUCCGCACGAUCAUACACGCUCUUUACCACAAUCACGCAACACCAAUCCGAACGCGCCGGCGCCAAAAACUAAAUUACCCGCCUUUCACCUUUCUUUGUACACGACUGCCCUGCUGCGCAUCCCGGCUGCAUACCUUAAUCGCCGCCCACUUCUCGUCCACCUUCCACCAACUAUUGACGCUCGCUUAGCCUUGUUUCUCUUCGACACACGCGUACACUACGUACACUACGUACAACACCACCACCACCACCACCACCACCACCACCACCACCACCACCAUAUCCUCCAUGCCCAGUUUCGGUAGCACUCAGCAUUCGCCCUCGUUGCAGAAAAUGGAAAUGGGCGGUGCGGGCAGAUAUGCCCCCGCCAGGAAAGGCUUCGUCUUUGGCAACAUUGCAGGUGAUCCGUUUUGGCUUGGAUCGAUAGGUAUUGGCAUUUCCGGCUGGAUCAUCGCCUUUGUCAGCUCCAUCAUUGCCGACAUCAAUGGAGAGUAUCCCAACUACUCCUGGUGGACUUUGGCCUACUUGCUGCUCUGCAUCAUGGGCGUGAUAUAUGUCGUGGGCGCCGACGCCAUAUACACCUAUCGCGUGGGACUGACGGGCUUCCUCGCCGCCGGUCUGGUCUUCACCACCUCCGCUGUGAACUCUUUAAUCUACUACCCCCAAGCUCCGAAAGAGGCCGCCGCCGCCGGCUUUAUCCUGCUAUCCAUUGACUGCAUCGUGUGGAUGUUUUACUUUGGAGCCGAGCCCCAGGCAAGUCACCGCCAGACUCUGGACUCGUUUGCGCUACACAAGGACCGUGCACCGAGUCGCAAUAGCAGAGCAAUGCGCCAGUCGUACCGACCAGAAACCACCCACUCCAAUGGUGCGCAACAACCACAGAUGUACAGUUCCAACAACCUGCAUGGCUUUGAGACUGCAUCGCCCGUGACCGGAUAUCCCGGCGGCACGGCGGGUGCACAGAGUAGGAACAACACAUACCCACCACCGCUACGAUCAGAGCCGAGCGCAGUCUCCGCCCUGAGCGUUCACAACGGGACUGGUGUGGGAGAGAGCUCCGUCUCGCAACCCACAGAAUACCCGUACCGAGCCAAGGCUAUCUACAGCUACGAAGCAAAUCCCGACGACGCCAAUGAGAUCUCCUUCACCAAGCAUGAAAUCUUGGAAGUCAGCGAUGUUUCCGGAAGGUGGUGGCAAGCGAAGAAAGAGAAUGGUGAUACGGGUAUUGCUCCGUCGAAUUACCUCAUUUUGUUGUGAUCACCAAGUCGCUUCAAAAUGUCACAUUUUGCUGUGAGCCAGGAUUCGAUCCGGGAAACGCAGCGUGUACAGCAGAAACCAAUUAGGAAGAAAAAAAGACACAUGCCAAGGGCACUACCAGCAGUCACGAUGAAACGAAAUUCCGGCGUUCAAGAUUCAGAUAUGAACAAGUUGACGGUUGUUCACGAGAAGUGAAUUAUCGAAGCAGAAUCGACUGAGGAGAGGUUGACUGGGGAAACACACGCGAAGAUGCAUUGAUUAGGAACGGGAAGACGGUGUCUCUCCUCAGGACCACGAAACAUGUGCGCAGAUGUCUCCUGGCUGCAGACAUUGAAAAGUCUUUGUCUCUCAGAUAUUUGGAGGCGUGGAAAUGGCAAAUGUGCCGAUGCGGCUAGACCGGUACUGUUUGUUGGUGGGCGAAUACAGGCGUUUCUUCUUUUUUUUUCUUCUGAUAGGAUGGACCCGUCUUGACCCCAGACCGACAUGAUCGGUGGGAGGCGACGGCCGUGGCACCAGCCCCAAAUUCUUAGCUGGCUCGAUGUGACGCACGACCAUACCACAGUGCCAUGGAGCAAGAGGAGAUGAGAGAGAGAGAGAGGGAUACAGCGAAUACUGCAGUCAGUUUCUUUGCUUUGUUGUUUUGUGUGUGUCUGUGUGCUCGAGCGAGCGAGCGAGCGAGCAACAAACGUACACCUCUUUGGUAGUCUGAAUUUGAACAGGUGAGAAGAUGAGUUAAGGUAGCUCUCUCCCUCUCUGGUGUGAGAUGUGUGGUAAACUAG